AUGGAUAUCUCGCCACUAUUGUUGCAGGCGAUGCUCUUCAUCGGGUCGACGUACUGCGAUGAGGCUACCAUUACAGCUAUGGGCUUCAAAGAUCGCUCAGAAGCGAAGAGUGUGACUUAUUCACGUGCGAGGAUUCUUUUUCACUCCAAUUGGGAAAAAGACGAAUUCACUCUCAUCCAAUCUUUGUUCCUUUGCAGCUUCUGGAGGGGCGGUCCUACCGACUGGAGAGAUGUUCGAUACUGGCUGGGAUGUGUCUUGACUCUUGCGCAGACGCAUGGCCUCCAUAGAUCAACACGCUUCAUCACGAGAGAACCCCAGUUUGCCCGAAUGAGAAGAAGAGUCUGGUGGUCCAUCUACGUGAGAGAAAGACAAGCGGCGAUAUCACUGGGCCUUCCAUGUAGAAUACGAGACGAAGACUGCGACAUCGAGCCCCUGACCGCCUCCGAUUUGGAGGGCGACACGGAUGAUCAGCCAGCUACAGCAUUUGGCACAUCAGAUUCUGAGCAUGUGCAUUACGCUAUCAAUAUGGUAGACAUCGCAAGGCUACUCGGAAGGAUAACAGAUACCCACUUUGCGCCGGGCCGUGGUCCUCCUGCGCCAGGUGAAGUGCGCGACCUGAAGCAACAACUCGAGCAGUGGAAGCAGAAUUUGCCAGAAGAAUUGAGGAGAGAACCCGAGGAGGGGCAAUCGUCAGUCCUGACAUGCCUCAUUCAUCUUGCCUACAAUCACUUGCGCAUCCUAGUCCAUCGCAAUGGAUGGCUUCGAAAUCGAGACGAAGAGGACAAAAAGGCCGCCCUCGCAGCUGCCUGUCGAAUCAGCAGGAUAGCGGAAGACAUGCUCGCACAGAAAACCUUGCAAUACGGCCAAAUGCAUCUACUUACAAGCCUGUUCGCGGCUCUCUGCAUUCACGCUAUCGACAUCAAGUCGGCCGAUGGGAUCGGUCGCCAGCUCGCAGUUCACAGAGCCCAGAUGUGUCAUUUAGGGCUAAAAGAGAUACAAAACUACUGGCGAAUCAACAACAAUGUCUUGGAUCUCUUUCUACAGUACCUCGACAAGCCCAUUGCCAAGAGAAUCUACAACGAAGACGCCGAUGCUGCGGCAGCUGAUGGGGCAUCAGGAUCCACGGCAGGCCUGAGCCCGUUCAACACAGCUAGCACACCCCAGAAUCUUUCCACAGACACCGUGGAGCAAAGCAGAUCGGACGCCAUAGAGGACCAAUACUUUAACCUGAUGCAGACCAACUGGGAAGGCGAGCAUGCCCUUGGUGAUCUCGGCCUCUUCCUGGACCCGCAACUCUACGCCAACGGUCCAAUGCAAGUCGAGGGCCUCAAUUUCUUGCAGCGGUGCUUAUGA